UAGGUUUCCCAAUAAGACACUUUUUCCCAGUUGCCAAACAUGUGCGGGAAAAUCUUUCCAUGCCCGAAAGGAAUCCAAUUUGGAACCAACAAACAAUUUUGCACUCCGCCGGCACAAGCACUUGCGACCCUUCAUUGCCUCCUAUAUUUAAACCCCUCCCUCCACUUUCACUCCCACAAUAGCAAAACCCUAGCAAUAUUCAGAGCAUUUCUCUACAACAAUACACUCAACAAUGUCUCUCUGCUUUUCCCAAUACGUUUCGAUCAGAUUCUCUGAACUGAAUCAUCGUAAGAGUUUCAGCUCGUUGGGUUCUUCGGUGAGGGAUUAUAGGGUAUUCGCAGUUGCAUCGACUGCAAAUGAGGCCUGGAAUUACAUACCGGCAGCUCCGAUACUUGUGCCCGAAGGGCCGUGGAAGCAGAUACCAGGUGGAGUUACCGCUGCAAAGGGAUUCAAAGCUGCAGGAAUGUAUGGUGGGUUGCGUGCCAAAGGAGAGAAGCCAGAUCUAGCACUUGUUACAUGUGAUGUAGAUUCCAUUGCUGCAGGAGCCUUUACAACAAAUGUGGUUGCAGCUGCACCAGUAAUAUACUGCAAAAAAGCACUGGACGCUUCACCUACGGCACGUGCAGUGUUAAUAAACGCUGGUCAAGCGAAUGCAGCAACGGGCGAUGCUGGUUACCAGGAUGUGAUAGAAUGUUCAAGUGCCCUUGCAAAGAUACUCCAACUGAAGGCAGAGGAAGUGUUGAUUGAAUCCACUGGUGUAAUUGGUCAAAGAAUAAAGAAGGAGGCUCUUCUCAGCUCACUUCCAAAACUAGUUAAUUUGCUGUCAUCAACUAUUGAGGGGGCAGAUUCUGCAGCAGUGGCGAUUACAACCACUGACCUCGUAAGCAAGAGUGUGGCAAUUGAGUCUGAGGUUGGAGGGACUCGGAUAAGAAUUGGUGGAAUGGCAAAAGGUUCUGGGAUGAUCCACCCAAAUAUGGCUACAAUGCUUGGUGUUAUAACAACUGAUGCCCUGGUUACAAACAAUGUUUGGAAAAAGAUGGUGCAGGUUGCUGUUAACCGAAGUUUUAAUCAAAUUACAGUAAGUAGCAUUGGUUUCAAUGGUUUAUCUGUUUCAGAUCCUGGACAUAACUGCUAAAGUGCCUAGUGGCCAC